AUGUCGAACCCCCUCGAUACCGACGCGGGCUCGGAGCUGUUCAGCAGCUAUGAGGCCGAGUUUAAGCUGGUGCAGGCGGAUCUAACUCAGAAGCUGGACCAAAUACCCGAGUUGGUCGGGGAGCCACGCAAGGCGGUUAUCAGCCAAGCGGAGCGAGCCUUGGAGGAGGCACAAGAGCUGCUCGAUCAAAUGCGCCUGGAGAAGCAGAACAUACCCUCGUCCAGCCGGUCCAAGAUCAACACGCGCUUCCGCAACUUCGAGACCGAUAUCGACGCCCACAAGCGCAAGCUGCGCUCCCUUGCCGACGACCGCGCCGCCAGGUUCGGCUCACGAUACACGGACGAACCGGACUCCUCUUCGCCCUUCGAUGCCCAGCAAGAGCAACGCCAGCAGCUACUCUCCGGAACAGAGCGCCUAGAUCGGAGCUCCCAAAGGCUGAGGAGCUCGCAGGCUCUGGCCCACGAGACAGAGCAAAUUGGCGCCAGCACGCUAGCGGAGCUGGGCGCACAGCGUGAACGCAUUGCCCAUACUGGAGAUAUGCUGUACCAGAGCGAGGGUUAUGUCGACAGAAGCGUUAAGACGCUGCGGGGGAUGGCUCGUAGGAUGGCUACAAAUCGGGUGAUCACGAUAGCGAUCAUCACUGUGCUGGUGAUUCUUAUCAUCGCGGUGGUCUACAGCAAGUUCAGGUAG